UAUUCAAACAUAAAUAAGAAGGAACACAACACAACUAUAAACAAAUCAUGAAGCUGUUAACUGUAUUAGCAGUUGUUGUUGUUGCUGUGGUUGUGCAGGUGAAAGGAGAUUGCCAAAACAUCGAAUUGGUAUGGGUGUUAGACGUCUCCGGAACCAUAUCUGUGAAUCAAUUUUCGUUCGCAAAAACAUUUGUCAAAAAUGUCAUGGAGUCUGUUCCACUCAGUUCCAAUGGAAAUAAAGCCGGUAUCUCCUAUUUUGGAAAUGAGGGACAUAAGCACACCUACUGUGAUGACCAUUCUACAUCAGCUUUAUUUACAAGUGCUGUUGACACUGUCCCACAACUGACGGGUCAGCUUACAAACACUGAAGAUGGUAUGAGAAAGGGAAAAGAAAUUUUAGCUGGCAGAGGUUGCGGACAAAGGCCUGGCGUUAAUCAAAUCAUGAUUUUGAUAACAGACGGACAAGCUAACACCGGAGGCACUGAACCGAGUCUUUUUGCAAUGGCAUCCGAAAUCCGCAACAGUGGCACUCAGCUUUUUGCCAUAGCUGUUGGUAAUUUUGAUCUUUCGCAACUGAAUCAAAUGACAGAUCCUACUAAUGUGUUUCAAGCAAGAAACUUUCAAGCCUUAAGCAGCGUCAUUAAUAUGCUUACAAAUGCCGUUUGUUCAACAAGCCAACCUCCACCAUCGACAACAACAACAACAACAAUGGCCCCGACAACGACAACCACAACUACCAUGCCGCCUACAACAACUACAACAACCACAAUGUCGCCAUCAACAACGACUACAACAACUAUGCCUCCAACGACGACGACAACAACAACGACAACUUCCAUGCCAACAACAACAACAACAACAACAAGAAUCCCAACUCCAAAUUCUGGAGAACCUGCUUGCAAUUGCUCUGUUGAAAAAAUAGAAAGCUACACUUGUUUAAAAUGGACCAAAUACGAAAUCAUCAAAAAAUUCGAAGGAAGUUGUUAUACCGAUAAAUUAAAGAAAGCCAUCAUGUACAUUGAAGAACUGGCUAUGAAAGCAGCUAUGAAAAUGGCGGCAAUGAAUACAUGCAAGAAACAACUUGCCGAACAAAUUCCAACCAUGACAGGAAACGCAGACAGCGUGUUUGCCGCUUAUGACGAAUGCAUUGUUAUCGGAAAAUGCAAAAUGAUGAAUAUAUAUAAACAAUUGGUUGAAAGAAAAGUCUUACUUGAAAAAGAGUUGAAACUUGAACAAAAUGGCUACGGUGGAAUCCUCUCCAGUCCAAUGGGAUGGUUCGUUUCAAUGAUGUCGCAAAAAAUGUAGUUCGUGUUGAAAGUUAUUCUGGUGUACUGUUUUGGUGACAUGUUUUAUGUAAAGAAUUAAGUUAAUAAGUUGUGCAAAGUAUAAUUUAUUUGAAUAUAUUAUUGUAGAAAAGGGA